AUGCCCCGCGCUGGCUCCUCCUGGGAUCGCUAUGCCUUGGAGGAGACGGAGGAAGUGACCCAGACGCUGCACCAGGUCUACCAGGGCAUCCUGGCCCCGCUCUCCCUCUUCCAGCCUCCUUCAAAGGGGCCCCCAGGAGCCUCACAGCCCACCCUAGCCCCGGCUCCACCCAACCCCCAGCUCCAUGGUACACAGGAGACUAGUUCUGCCGAGCCUCCCAGCACCCCGGAGACCAGCCACACGCUACCAUCUGGCUCCCCAAAGACUCCAGUGCCUGCAUUCUGUAUCCCCGUUUCCCUAGCUGCUCUGACCCAGUUGAUUGAAGGGCGCCUUUCUUUGGGCAGGGAGUCGUUGCCCAUCUCCAGCCAGGCAGGACAGGUCUUCAAGGAGAUCAUCCUGGCAGAAGUAAAAUUCGCCUGGGAGGAUGCCAGUCAGUCACUCUCCAACCCAGCCCUCCUCAGCUUGCAGAACAAGGACCUAUACCAGCAUCUGGUGGCAUACAUCACACUUGUCUCUGAACACCUCUUCUUCCACUAUCUCUGCCUGAUGGAGCUCCACCGGGGCAUGGCUGUCUUCACUGACUAUGCCAACCUCACCCGCUUCGCAGCCCAGCUCUCUCUGGACUGCUCCAGUCUCCUCAAUAUGGCUGCCAUCCAGCGCCAUCUCAUUGCAGAGCUGAAGACCCCGCAGAACCACUUUUCUCUUGACAGCAAGCCAGUUCGGCCAGAGCGAAAACGGCCACCACAGAGAGGCCGGCACUCAGCCAGAAGCACUGUGGGCUGCCGCCUUGGCCUCACCAUGACUCACUUCAUCAAACUGACCAGGCCCCACCUGCAGACAUGCAGGCAGAAAAUCGCAAAGGAUAUCAAAGAACUCGAGGAGAUACCCCCACUGGAUUUAAGCAGAGUCUGUCACUUAAUCCCUAAUGUAGAGACUUUUGACAGUUGCUUUACCAACCUGCCAUGUGUAGCAGUGAGAACCCCCUGCUCCUGUACCCCUGCUUCAGAAGAUCAGGAAGUCACAAAGAGGGUCAGGCAUGAGGCUGGCUCCAUUUCCAAAAAAAGUCAUUCAUUGCCCAAUAUGAGAGCCGGGCAACUCCUCUCAGAUGAACUUGGGAUCCAUCUUCCCCCUCGCCCCCUCACACCGAUCGUGCCCAGUCACUAUGCUGAGUCAGCAACAGAUGGCAAUCUUGAAGAGUCCAUGGCCAUAGCCGAGGACCUUCGCAAGCUAGUUCAAGGCUCCCUCCUCAGAAGUGGUAACAGAAGAGAUGAGAGUGAGGACGCAGAACUGCCUCCCAUCAUUGGAGCACUGACACGACGCAGAGCCAAUGUAACCAAACUCCAGCAGCUUCAGGAGACACUUAGAUGCCUCCAAGAAGAGGAGAUGGCUGAGCAACAGCUGAGAGAUAUGGUAGUUUUUGCACCACCCACUCACCCUCAAGGUGCCACGGUGAAUCUUCAAAUACACCAUGGCAUGGUAGCAAAGGCAGCUGACCUACAAGUGUCCGACAGAGCACUUGUUGACUCUGUGGCAAUUCAGAGAUACGGCCCCUUGUACAAUGAUCUUCUGGGAGAGAUUGAUACUGCUACAGUGAGUUACCUGGAUGCAAAGCUUUCAGCUGGGGAAGAGAUCCGGGAAAUUUACAAGGAACUGAUAAAAAUCAUCCCCACAGAGUAUCUGAGAUUUGACCAAGGACCCUUGAUAGAGCCUGCAGCUGUGAACGUGGACUUAUCCAACAGCUUGGCUUCCUCCACGCUGACCAAAAGGAAAAAUGAGCAGGUAAUCAAUACAGAAUUGAAUAAGCUGCUGCCCACUGGACCGUUCAGCACCCAGAAAGUCACUACACCAGUGCAAUCAAGUUUGCCCCUCGUGAUUGCCCGUAAACAAAAAACCACUUGGUAUCAGUGGUGGAAAUCUGCCCUCAACGCCGAUGACUACCUGAAAUAUGUAUCCACCAAGGAGUCUGAUUACCUGCAUGUGAUAUUUCAUUUGUACAAUGAGGGGGAGGAGCCACUUUUCAUAGAUGAAGCCCAAAAGAAACAGUUGGAGGAAGCACUGAGAGAGGUAAAACGGAAAGUGGCAGAGGUCCGCUCAAAGAGAGAGAAGUACAUGCCUGGGAUGUGGAACACAAACACCAUCAUGCUUGGCGGGCUUGGGACUUUUGAGGACCAGGACCGUAAGCCUGAAGACCUCAGAGUGCUGCAGAAGCGACUGGAGAGACUCUGGGAAGUUCUUCAUUUCCCUGAUAGGGAGAGGCUUGAUAUGGCGAUUAAGUACAGCUCCAACCAGUCUUAUGCUCAGCUGCCAGCUAUGCUCAAAGCCUGGGAGAAAGCAGCAAAGAGUAUCCAGGAACGAGAGCUUUUGCUGGUAGAGCUGGAGAAGUUUGAGCAAACCGCCUCUGACCCAAACCGCUUCUUCGAAAGGAGCCUUGAGUCUUUCGCCACACGCACCUGGGAGUCGAGGACCAGAGGCCGCCUGUAUGCAGCGAUCGCCCAGUGCGACACUGACCUCUACAUCAUUCUGCCCCAGAUCAAGGAGAGGUUCCAUGACACUGUGACUUUCAAGGGCCGCCCAUAUUUGGAGAAGAUGCGGUGGGACAAAGUGGAGAUGCUCUACUGGCUGCAGCAGGAACGCCGUGCUGGUGCCCUGGCAAAAGAAACGGGGAGAGAGGCGAGGCUUUGGAAGCUACCUCCACUGGCUCAGGUAGGCAGCAGUGCGGGAUUCUCUCCCCCAUCCCAGUAAUAUGCAAAGGAAAACGGAUCAUCUGGGUAAAUGACUCAAUGGGGACAGUUCUCUGAUCUUGCCAGGCCAAAGUAAGGAUCUUCUGUAGUCACCCUAUGAUGGAGAAUCAUCAGAAGAGGGUGAGUGAAGUGCCAAACAAGAGCAAUAAAUACAUUACAAAGCCAGAGCA